GCGGCGAGGCCGGGAGCGUGCGCGCGCACCUCACACUCCGCCGCCCGGGGACGCCCACUCGCGAGUCGGGGCCGGAGGCAGGCCCGAGCCAUCUGCCCCACCCCCACACGCCGGCUCCCCUCAGGAGUGUGCCCAACGGGUGUCGGCAGUCGGCUGCUCCGCGCCCUUCCGGCCUAGGGAGCCACGGGACGAGGACCGGGCCGCAGCUCCGCACCGCGUGGACGCGCUGCCUCUCCCGCAGCCGCCGCCGCCACCACCAGAGCGAGCGGCUGCGAGCGACCGGAGGUUGCGCGGCGGAGGCCCCCCACGGCGGCCAGGGAGGAAGGAGACGCAGCUGACCUCUGCCCGCCCGAGGCGCGACUGCUCUCGCGAGCCCGGGGCCGCCGCCGCCCCCGGGCUGAGCGAGGAAUGAGCAGGCGCCUGCCCCGGGUUCUCGGACAGGGGGGCCGCGGCUUUGCUUCUUCCCACGCCGCGGGGGCUCGGUCGCCGCGGCCGGGCGCGGCGAGGUCAGAGGCAGCCUCUCUCUGGGAGCCGACGCCGGGGUUAACUUAACCAGCCGCCGAGAGGAGGAGGAGGAGGAGGAGGAGGAGGAGGAGGAGCCGAGCGGGGGCGGCCGCCGCGCCUCCCCUCCCCCCGCACACGCCGGGGCUUCUCAGUGGCCGCCGAGGAGGAAGUUCCGCUCCCUGACAGACCCGAGCGGUAGCGACAGCGGCCGCGGCGGCCGCGGCUGGGAGGGCGCAGGUAUUUUGGACGUGGAUGCUCUUCGCGCCAACCGUCGAGGGAGCAGCGUCGGAGCUGUCGCCGGCCCCCGGAGCCCGGGGACAGCGUCGGGAGGCGCGGGCGUCCGAGCCCUCCUUCCUGCUUUUCGCCCAGCGCCGCUGCUUCGGCUUCCCGGCGAGGCGGGUGACCCUCCUCCCGGUUGACUGACUUCCGAGGAGCCCCUUGUUUUUCCACCGCUGAGGUUCAGAGAUUCUGCAAUCGAAGCAUCGGAGGAGCGCAAGUGAACCUUCCACAACUCCUUGGAUCACGUCAGGCUCCCUUUUGGGGCGGGAAACCACGUUGGAGCAUCUCCCAGAGGUUCAGGAAUGGAAGAACCCACCUUGCAUCCCCUGUGCGGUGUUGCUUGUCUGAUCUACCCUUAGGAAUGAAGAGGAGACUUGUAAUCACCCGGUGAGGUACUGAGAGCCAGAUGGCAAAGAAAAUAUCACAGGAUUUAAACUAGGGAUCGUGUUUAGGGGCCACACUCGUUUCUGCAUGUAAUUGGAUGAGCGUGAAAGAGGUGCCCUGUUGAAAGGCACAGCAGUCCUUUAAGAGGAGGAAAAUUGAGUUUCCCCAUUUUUGCCAGGAUUCUGAAGACUGUUCAAUGUAUCGUACAUUUGACGUAAGAUGAGAACUUUAUAAAAUAUUCUGCCCAAGAGCGUAAACGAUGACUACCCCAGCGCUGCUACCCCUCUCUGGACGAAGGAUACCACCUCUGAACCUGGGGCCGCCUUCCUUCCCGCAUCACAGGGCUACCUUGAGACUUUCUGAGAAGUUUAUCCUCCUCCUUAUUCUAAGUGCCUUCAUCACCCUGUGUUUUGGGGCAUUCUUUUUCCUUCCAGACUCCUCAAAACACAAACGUUUUGAUCUGGGUUUGGAAGAUGUGUUAAUUCCUCAUGUAGAUGCCGGCAAAGGGGCUAAAAACCCUGGAGUCUUCCUGAUCCAUGGACCAGAUGAACAUAGACACAGGGAAGAAGAAGAACGUUUGAGAAAUAAAAUUCGAGCUGAUCAUGAGAAGGCUUUGGAAGAAGCAAAAGAAAAAUUAAAAAAGUCAAGAGAGGAAAUCCAAGCAGAAAUACAGACAGAGAAAAAUAAGGUAGUCCAAGAAAUGAAGACAAAAGAGAAAAAGCCAGUGCCAGCAGCUCCUAUACCAAACCUUAUAGGAACACAUGGUGGAGACCCAGAAGAUAAUGACCUAAGAGAGAAAAGGGAAAAAAUUAAAGAGAUGAUGAAACAUGCAUGGGAUAAUUACAGGAUAUAUGGAUGGGGACAUAAUGAACUGAGACCUAUUGCAAGGAAAGGACACUCCACUAAUAUAUUUGGAAGUUCACAAAUGGGUGCUACUAUAGUAGAUGCUUUGGAUACCCUUUAUAUUAUGGGACUUCAUGAUGAAUUCCGAGAUGGGCAAAAAUGGAUCGAAAACAACCUUGAUUUCAGCGUGAAUUCAGAGGUGUCUGUGUUUGAAGUCAACAUUCGAUUUAUUGGAGGUCUACUUGCAGCAUAUUACCUUUCAGGAGAGGAGAUAUUCAAGAUUAAAGCAGUCCAGUUGGCUGAGAAACUCCUUCCUGCCUUUAACACACCUACGGGGAUUCCUUGGGCAAUGGUGAAUCUGAAAAGUGGAGUAGGGCGAAACUGGGGCUGGGCAUCUGCAGGUAGCAGCAUUCUUGCUGAAUUUGGUACACUACAUAUGGAGUUUGUCCACCUCAGCUACUUGACAGGAAACCCGAUUUACUACAAAAAGGUCAUGCACAUUCGGAAACUACUUCAGAAAAUGGAUCGUCCAAAUGGUCUUUAUCCAAAUUAUUUGAAUCCACGAACAGGUCGCUGGGGUCAGUAUCAUACAUCAGUUGGCGGGCUAGGAGACAGUUUUUAUGAGUACUUACUAAAAGCAUGGUUGAUGUCAGAUAAAACAGAUCAUGAGGCCAGAAAAAUGUAUGAUGAUGCUAUUGAGGCUAUAGAAAAACAUCUUAUUAGGAAGUCUCGUGGAGGUCUUACCUUUAUUGGAGAAUGGAAGAAUGGGCACUUGGAAAAGAAGAUGGGGCAUUUGGCCUGCUUUGCUGGGGGAAUGUUUGUACUAGGAGCAGAUGGUUCCAGAAUGGAUCAAGCUGGACAUUAUUUAGAGCUAGGAGCGGAAAUUGCACGUACAUGUCAUGAGUCAUAUGACAGAACUGCAUUAAAGCUAGGUCCUGAAUCAUUCAAGUUUGAUGGUGCAGUAGAGGCUGUGGCAGUUCGGCAGGCUGAAAAGUAUUACAUCCUACGUCCAGAAGUAAUUGAAACCUAUUGGUACCUGUGGCGAUUCACUCACGACCCAAGAUAUAGGGAAUGGGGCUGGGAAGCAGCGCUGGCUAUUGAAAAGUAUUGCCGAGUCAAUGGUGGAUUUUCUGGGGUGAAGGAUGUAUAUUCCUCUACUCCUACGCAUGAUGAUGUGCAGCAGAGCUUCUUUCUUGCUGAAACAUUAAAAUACUUGUAUCUUCUGUUCUCCAGUGAUGACCUUUUACCUUUAGACCACUGGGUAUUUAAUACAGAGGCUCACCCUCUGCCUGUGUUACAUUUAGCCAACACCACACUUUCAAGAAAUCCUGCUGUUCGAUGAAAGCAGCUCCAGAAAGACCAUUCUCACCUGUGUUUUGUUUACAUGGACCACUACAGAAAUUAGUCUGGAGAGGGGCCUUUUGAAAACCUGGACCUCUUAAGUCAGCAUGGCAGGGUGAAACGUGACUAUUCCCCGCAAGACUUUUCAACUUGUAGAUAUUUCAACUUUGAAAUGAUUCCAUUUUAUACCUGACCAAAACAUAUUCUGGUGUGUGUGGGACAGAGACCUGAUGUGCUUUGAUUCUUAACGAGAUGGUCACAUGAGAAAGUAUGCCUGUUACUGCUUAUUGCUUUUAGAGUCCUGGAAUCUGGAGGCUAGAUUUCCUGAGAAUAAGCCAAGAAUGUGGAGCACCUUGCAGGAGUUGGAGAUGGCCUUUGGAACCAAUUAUAUAUUUGUUUCCUCCCAAAGUGGAGCAGCUCUCAAGUCAAAAUAUUUACACAUUGUUUAUCCCUUUUUUCUCCAUUUUUAAUAAUGGAAUGAAUUAAAAUAAAUAAGAACAAAACAACAGUGUAACUGCAUCAGCAGCAAGAAGAGUCAAAAAGGAAACAGAAUACCUAUGCCUGUCUGAAUUUUCAAGUUUCGUAUUAGAUGACCAGACUGGCAACCAUUUCAAAUCUCAGUCUAUCUAUUCCAUUGAAAUUCCUUGGUUAAAUUUGUUUUCUCUGGAGGCAUGGUCUCACAAAGAAUACUCUUCAAGUCUUUGUCUCCAUAUGGAAUCAUUGAAACUGCUGUUUAUCAUAACCACUACUUACGAGCCUGGGUUUGGGAUUUUGUGCAUGUUGUUCGGUCUAGUGUUGGUAGCAUGACAAAAAGUGGGGAAAAUGCCGCAGUUUGUUGCCUUGAAACCUGUUCUAAGAGAAAGCCUUGGUUUUGUUGGUAGGAGAUUAUUUUUCCAAAGCAGCAAAUCUACCAAGUAAAUUUUACCUACUUUAACCUCAUUAUAAACUUAGUAGAAUCCCUCGAUUUACAACUCUCUUUAUGUGGCUUGGCAAAAUUCACUAUACUGUCAUGCAGCUCUGAAUUUACCUUGAUGAGGCAAAUUACUUUUCCAAUUUACUAAAUCAAAAACAAAAUAUAGUGAAACUUCCUUAAGUAUUUUUGGGACAGGGGAUCCUUUAUUAUCCCAUUAGAUGAGGGAGAUUUUCACAAAUAUUUUAUGUAAAAAAUAAAUUCAACUUUUUUUUCUCCAAGGGUAUUUACAGAAAUUCAAAGAAUUAAUCAGAAUAGCUUCAGAAUAAUUUUUAGUGAUUAAAUGUGGUAUAAUUAAUUAUAUUACACUAAACAUGGGAUAUAUCUCAGGGGCUUUCUCUUACCAUCAAAAGAUUUUGCAAUGAUAUUUCUUUUUAAAGAAAUUAUGAUUUCUCUACAUUGGGAGGGGAAUAACUUAAAUUUUAUCAAGAACUGUAAGAUAAAUAUCUAAGACUUAAUAAAUUUUCUGUCCCUUGAAUUUAUGUCACAGUGCAAGACACUUUUUCUUCCUUACCUUUAAUACAGACAGCUUCCAUUGACAGUAAUAGUUGGGAGUAGUAUUAUUAGUCUAGUAUUUACUCUGAAUUUGAAGAUUUCAUGAAACAGUGUGCAGGAAAGCCCACCUUAGAGUUCUGAAGGCUUAUUUUCUUAUUUUGUUUACUCUUUUAUUAGCAUGUGGUAGAUUUAAAUUGGAAAAAGAUUUAAUAAAUUAGUAUAAUUAAAUAUUUUUUAAGGGUGAUCAUCUUAUAUCACACAUAGUCAAGCAGUCCUCACAGUUCAGCAAACGACCCAUAAAUGAUAACCACCUCAAGAUUUUCAGUAUACAUAGAAAGUAAGAAUGUAGAGCCAGUUGAUUAUUUAAAUCUUUAGGAGAGUUAAAUUUUAGUACAUAUUUUGAGACUAUAAUACCUUUUACUAGUUGAAAAACUAAAAUUUUUAAAUGAAAAGUGUAGAUGACCAACUUUAGAAGAGAAAGGGGAAAGUAUUUAGUUCUCAAAAAAUGUUAGCUUUCCUCCUAAAAAUAGCAGAAGCCCACUUAUGAGUCACUAAAAAGAAUGAAAAACUUGACUUGGCAAAAGACCCAGAACAGCUGUAGAGAUGUCAGUGAACCCUCCCUCACUUCGUUUAGAAGAAUGCUGAGUCAAGGGGCCUUCUUGGUUCCCCAAGAACUGCUCAAGGAAUGAGAAGACAGAACCCCCGCCCCAAGUGCUCUGUUUGUGUUUCUCGGAUGAGUGGAGCUCGGGAAAAGGCAGAGAAGUGUACAGGCAUGGCCAGUUCUGGUACAAGCAAAAAGCUUGAGGGGGACAAAGGAAGAGUCUUCUUCAUCAUCUCCCUACCUUCCUUGUGAGAAGACUAGAGCUUAUGGGUAUGCUUCCUUUUUUUGUUGUUUUUUCUUCUCUGAAUACCAAAGGCAAUUAAAUUUAAGUCAGCUACAAAUGACUUGCCAGUGUCAUGUUUUAUUUUUGUUAUAGAUUUAAAAAAUUACUUUCUCCAAGAUCCAUCCUUAUUCCAUAGUAUCCCAUAUUCUGCUUAGUUUCCAAGAAUAUACUUUACUUUGUUCUGUCCUUUACAGUCCUUUGCAUUUUGUAGACCUUAUUACUCAGGUUAAAUACUCAUUACAUUUAUAAGACCUUCUGCAGAGAGCCCAGAAAUGCUCCUUUCCAGGUGCCUCCUCAAAAGCAGACACAUUACUUCGUGCCUUUGGCACAGAUGUGCAGAGUAGAUAGAUCAUUUGGUAUAUGAGAAAAAAGAAUAGAGAUGCUGAACACCCCCUCUACCUUCUAUAUUUAUUUUUCGUUUAGAAUUUUGGGAUCAUACUUUUUGGUUCAAACCAGUAUAAAGUUGUUAAAACCAAGAGAAUGUGGUCCCAAUCAAAAAGAAGUCUUGGUGCGGAAAAGUAAGUACCCAGUCACAGGGUUCUUACUUUCUCGUGGGUUGCACAGAUGUGCUGCUUUAUGUCUCUCUGACACCAACGUAUUCUUGUCUUUGAGCAGAUGUUUAUAUGUAAAAGCAAAACCUGGAUAUUGAAGGAAUAUAUUCCUUCUGUGGAAUAUUGACCCUGAUUCUCUAUGAUGUCCUCUAGGACAACCCAGGGCUUCACUUGGUAGAUUUUAACCAAGCAGUUUAAAAUUUGAUCAUUAACUUCUCAUCUCCAUUCUCCAUUGCCAAAGUCUUUGUCAAAACUACAAAUUUGUUGCUAAAAGGUUGUGCUUGCUAUUCUCAUCAUGGAGUUUCUCCUUAGGCCUGGAUUUCUUUGAAUGAAUGAGUGAGUGAAUGAGAGGGUGAGUGAAUAAACACAGGGUACCUAAUAUGUGCCAAGCGUUGUGCUAGGCACUUUCAAGUAUUAGAACAUUUUGUGAUUCCAGUGGCAUUUACUGUAUAAGAGUUGUUCAUACCAUUUAAAGUGUUUUCCAGUAUGAUUCAUGUUACAAAAUCCUUAAUUUUGUAUUUCAUUUAAAUUAAAUAAGGAAAGAAAUGGUUUAUAAUAUAUUUUAAACAAUGUGUUACUAUAUAAUACUAACAGCUAUAAUUGUAGUUAAUAACUAAAGUCUCUUGGAAAAUGUCAAAGAAAUACUUGAUUUCUGAUGCAACUUUAACUAAAAUAUCUACUUUAGAAAUAAAAACAUUCUUAUUUUGCUAUUAUCACUUUAAUUACAUAAUUAAAAGUUAAUGUUUUAUAGAAAUGCUGGUUAUUUUAUAUUCAAAAAUUUUAUCACCUAAUUCAUGGGUAAAAUUUGCAGUUGUGAAUUGUUCAUGCUCUGCUGUGGCUCCUAGUAAUGGUCCCAUGCUGUUAAAUAUAAAGAAAAAUAUACUGAAAUAUUUCUGAGUUGCUAAUAACAGUUCCUAGUAAUGGUAUCUUGAGUUCUUAUUUUUCUUUAGGUUUCCUUACCCUCAAAUUGGCUAUCUCAUAUCUUAUCCACUCUUUACGUAGAUACAUACAUAAAUACAGUUGUACGCAGAGAUUUUUAAUACUGUCUCUGUCUGCUAAUUAACAAACACGGUUGUUAACGUGUUUUGGCUGCACAAAUUCUAAGCAGAAUAUUUGAGGAACCAAAUAUGAUCUGGAGGUAUUUGAAUGCACUUACUUGGUUCAGGAACAUUGGUGAAGAUGAUUUUCUGUUCCUUCAGCUCAUUCAGAUCACAUUCUUGGUGAUGUCUAAUGGAUCAGCAAGCUUCCUCCAGAGGGCUAGAUGAUAAAUAUUUUAGGCUUUAUGAGCCGUGCGGUCUCUGUCUUUACUACUCAGUUCUGCUGUUGAACUGUGAAAACAAGUAUAGACAAUAUAUAAAGGAAGGGAUGUGGCUGUGUUCCAAUAAAACUUUAUUUACAAAAACAUGGAGGGCUAGAUUUGGCCCAUGGAUCAUAGUUGUUAACCCUUGAUCCCAAUUUACAUUUGUAUAAAACCCUAUAAUCUUUGAUAUGCAUCUUUUAUCUGUGUUUUGAGUACAUAAUUCAUUUUUAAAGCAAAAAAAAAAGAUGUGUGUAUGUACGAUUGUUUGUAUUUGUGUAACCUAAAGCUAUAUAUUUUGUUGUCUUGAAAACAGCUAUACUCUACUGGAGUCUGUUCAGGUUUCAAUAUGGUACAACUAUCUUGAAAGAGGCAUUUUUUUGUUCAUGGGGUAUGCUAUCAGCCCUUAUCCUAGCUUGUCAUUUAAUGCCACAAUUCCAGAGUCUCUGUGUAAAAGGAAGGGUCUCUGUGGUGUCAAAAUAAUAUAUUUGCUCCAAGUUCUGCCUGCUCAUUGACCUUUGGACCAACGACUGUGGAUUGCUGGAGCUGCAAAAAUUCCUCCACUUGAAUACUCGUAGAGCCCUAUGACAAGAAUAUGAUAGAAUUUCUGACUGUUGUGCUAAAGAAACCAAUCUCUUGGAAAAAUUUUAAGCAACAGGAAAAAUGGGUUAUGUUCCUCAGUUGCCAUUUGGCAACCACUAUUACUUUUUUAGAGUGCAGAAAGGUACUGCCCUUAUUACCUCUACAACAGCCUAAACCUGAGGAGUGCAGAGAAAAGAUGUAUCCAAAAGAAGAGUUCCCCUUCCUCUUCUUGCACUUGCCUCAAAUUCUUUUCAAGUCAAUAGCAUUAUUUCCGAAUGUCAGUGUGCAUCAUAUUUAAAUUAAAGCAUCCUCAGCCUUAGCCUUUUAACUGUUUAACAACUAAUCCAUUUUAAACUUUGAGCACAGCAGAACUCAUGAAAUUACACGACACCAUAUUGCUAGUAUGUAUGUAUGUAUGUUGCAAUGCACCAAUCAUCCUGAGAAUAGCUUUUUCACGAAGCAGUUUAUCAAAUAUUUCACUGUAUUUGGAAAUUCUAGAGGAGAGGAAGCCUGUACUCAGAGUGAUAGGGGAGCACACGUUAUAAAUGAGCUACCUUUCUAGGUCCAGCGUACUAUACAGAUGGCUUCAGCUCAGUGUGAACGUUAAGUGUGAGUACCCAAACACACCCACAUACACACAUGUUAAUAUGCAGAGGAUUUUAAACGAUUUGAAUGCUACAGAAUUCUACUGCAAAUUGCAUACCAGAAAACUCCAUGGAGAUAAGCUCAGCUCUUCUUGGGAAAAGUUAUUUUUUAGAAAACUUAGAAAUCAGUUUUUGUUUGGAUUAACUGAAUAAAGCAUCCCCAAUUUUAAUACUGGAUUUGGAAGUUGAAAUGCCGUUCCUCAGUCUUACUGGUCUCAAAUUCAGUGGUAUAGUUUUUCCCUAAACUAAUAAGAGGGGCAAGUAUAACCUCCUAAAUCGGUACCCACUGGCCGCUCCUGAACUGAUUUCCAGUUAUGUCCUCCAUAUGUAAUUUUUAUAAAUUAAAGGUAAUAUUGUAUAUGAAAGAUUAAAUAAAGAUGUUCUUUAAGUGAAAA